CACAUCUUCCGUUCCUUUGACUCUACCCUCUCUAAUUCUUUGUCCCUUUCAAUUAAUUUUCUUUCAUCAUUCAUAAUCCUCUUCGAAUUAUGACUUCCAGUUCCAGAAGACAGCAACUUGAUUGAUUUUCGGUUUUGGUUAUUUGGAUUAGAACUUGAGAACGAAGGAGAGAGCGAGACAGAUAUGGCAAUGCCAUGGGGCUUGACUCUGUGGAUGGUAAAGCUGGUAUGGCUUGCACUCAGUGGAUGGGUCUCUUCUUGCUUGACCGUUGCUGAUGAGGUCGCUGGCUCUCUUAGAACUGGAGAUAUUGGCCCCUUUCAUGUUGGCUGAUUAGAUUCUUUCAAUUUAGAUCAUGAAGAUUUGAGACGAGACUGUUAUAUGGAACUUGAAGCUCUAGAGCCAUCUUAAUUUUAGACGAACAUGGUGAGCAAAAAUUUUGGUUGGUUAUGUUGUUUUGGAUCUCUCUUGAUAGCAAUGGUAAAUUCUGGUGAAGUAUAAAAUGUUUGGAGAGCUGAGUUGGUUUUUUAAUGCAUUGUUGAUUGAAUUAUUGUACAAGGAAUUGUACAUAUAUUGUUAAGAUGGUAGAUUUAGUAC